AUGAUUGACAGUAUCCCAUCACUGACAAGUACAAAACAACUUUCGUCUGCUGAAGCUAGUAUACCAUCAGAUUCCAUUACCCAAGAAGAAGAGAAAAAUGUUCAAGAAUUAGGAAUUUUCUCCAUUAAACAACAAGAAUCGGGACCAUCAUUUGAGAGAAGCCUUAUUACCGCUGAAAUAGAUUCGCGCUAUGACUCCUUGAUUGAACAUAUUGAAAGUUUGCGAAAACCAGUGGGGGAAAAUGAAACAAGCAUCGUCAGAAGCGAAAUUCCUGCAUCAAAGUCUCAUCUAUUAAGUACAGUUGAAGUAAGCCACAGAUACGACAGCUUAAUUGAAAGAAUCGACGGUUUAGAAGAAGCAACUGCGAAAAGUCUGAAAGGAACGGAAAGAAGAGAUCAACUUGACGAAGUACAAAAUUCAUCUAAUGAAAUCAUUAUGGGAGAACAACUCCAAGUAAAACCCACUAUUGAAACGGAACAGCUCCCAAUAUACAAUGAUGACAUAUCUACUGAUUUGAUGCAACAAGAACGGCUAAUGGAUGGAAGUAUUCCAGUGGAGAAUACAUCUGGUUCUGCUUCACAACAAAAUGUUUCUAUUCUCACUAUCGCAAAAGAAGAGAAGCCUAAUGAUCAACAUGAAAGCAUACUUGACAAGCUGAAACAAGCUGUUAAUGACACUGCUCAAAAAGUCAUUGAUAAUAUCCCAUCGUUUCAUACAAGUACGAAUCAAGAGCAAACUAUAUUACAGAAUGAUGCCAAGACAGCACAUUUAGAAUUAAAGACACCAAUUGAGCAAGAUGAUCAAUCAAAAAACCUAAAACAAUCAAAUAUAAACACCGGAUCUACCCCAGAUUCAACAGCGGCACAACAACAACAGCCAAGUCUAUUCGAAAGUAUUAGACAAACUAUCGCUACUCCGUUAUCUACAGUCGCUGAAACCGUGCAAAAAACGAUCGAUAUUCUUCGAACUGCGCCAGAGGAUAAUGAAGUAGAGCACAAUAAACACGAUGAUACACAAGAUAUCUCUACUGAAGAUAACAAGAGUAUUUUAAUCUCACCUUCGAAAACUGAGAGAACAUAUCAUGAAGUUCCAUCCUAUAAUCAUUAUGCAGUACGAGAUGCUGAGCCAUUGUUAGAAAAUUUCAUCAGAACUAAUGUAUUGUCGAAUGAAAAGAAAGUCGAAGAUGACCUUCCUGUAAAAGAAGGGAUAAUUACCAGACCAUCGACACAGAUGCAAGUUUUAAAUGACACUUAUCCGUGGUACUCUACAUAUUCCGAAUUGAUAGAGACAGAAGACAAGCUCAGUCUCGUUUAUGAACAAUUGUCAAAAACUCUUGAUUCUAUUAGCCAACCAAGAGAAACAGUUGUAUUUCAACCGGAACCGUAUAAACGACUGUCUAUACCAGAUUAUGAUCAACACGUUUUAUCAGAUACCUCUGUGACACUGGAAAAAGUACACAAAUUGGCGGAAAUAAGUAAUCAAAUAACGAAGGUUCCGUCUUUUAAACGAGACGAAAUAGAGUCGACACAAACGCAACAACCAGAGAAUACUAUUAAAAUCAGUACGAUAGAAGUUGAUGACGACGGCUUUGUACCUGUUGUUCGUCAUCGAAAACGUACAGUAUCAUCUACACAAGAUAAAUCUGAGCAACUGGAAUCGGCUCAGUUUCGAGAUAAAAAAUCAGUGAUGAUCUCAAGUGAUAUUGAUCUGAAACCGGUCAUCAUUGGCCAUCGACCAACAUUAACUACACCAGCUAGUGAAAUUGUUCAUGAACUAGAAUCAGUGUCAUCAGUAAAACAGCCGCUUACUGCAACAAAAAACAAAAAACAAAAAAAGAAACAUAAACAUGAUAAAGAAGAUAUUUUCUUCGAUGCUCCACAACCGGAAAUAUUACGUGAAUCCGUCUCAGAGAGUACAAUUACACCAUUGUCAUCUGAAACAUCAGCACCACAGCAGACGAAUCUGACUAAGGAUCCUAGUUCAAUGCAAUCACGACCACAUAAACUAAGUGAUUUUGGCGAAAUACCGACUGAUAUAUCGGCACGUGUAAAUUCUGUCAAGCAAGAAAUGGAAGAACUUGACGAACAAUUGAAGCAAGCAAUUCAUAAAAACAAAAAUGAAGAACAAAUGAAUGAUAGAUUGUCCUCAAAUUCAAUACCUACAAGUAAACCUAACGAAACCUUGGAAGAUAAAGAAUAUCAACAGCAGCCAAGUACUCCUGAAUCUGAGACUCAACAAAGUAUCUUAAAAAGUAUUCAACAAACUGUUACCACACCUAUCUUAGCGGUUAGUGAAACAAUACAAAAAAUCGUUUCUGAUGUCGUACCGUUUUCGACGCACAGCACACUCAAAGAUGAAUCACAAGCUUUAGUAAUACCAAAAGAUACAAAUUUGCAACCUUCGAAUGUACAAGUGCAAGAAAAGAAUAAUGAAACCAAUAUAUCUGAAAACUAUGUAGACAAUCAAACUAAUCAAGGAUCUAUUUUUACAAACUUGAAAGAUUCGAUCAGUUCCACUUUGUCUACAAUAAAAAGUGCGGCUACCGAUAUUUUACAACCAACAGACAGCAACGAACCAUCGGAAAACAAAGAUGAUACGCCCAAAUUGGAACAACAGGAAAAAAGAUCAAAGAAAAGCAGAAAACAAAAUAAGAGACCUAUCUUAGACGUAUCACCAACAACUAUCGUACGUCAGGACAAUGGAAAUUUAUCAAGCGAAAAUCCAGCUAUUUUAGAAACGAAAACGGAUCAUUUGUUGUCUUCUGUUCAGUCUGAAAGUCAGAAAAUACCGGAUAAAGAAGUGUCAAUCAUCAAUGAAAACUUCGUAUCCCAAUCCAGUAUGCAAGAAAAAGCCGAUGAAUUAUCCCGCAUGCCAAUACAUUCUGAAACAUUGCUCGAGCGUCCUAAAGAAGUGCUCGAAACAGAAGAAGCCACCUCAGAACACAGAAAUGCAACUUCUCUUCAGCUCGACAACAAUCAUUCCAAAGCUAAUUCAUCUCCUAUCGGACGAAAAUCUGAUAUUAAUGAGCAAGAAUCACUUUUAACGACUCUCAAAAAACAGAUUACAUCCACCGUGUCUACUAUAGCUAGUUCAGUGAUGUCACCACAAGAUUCAAAAGAUGCUGUUAAAAAUGAAGUGUUUCACGAAGUUAGCGCAGCAAAAGAGAAAAAGAACAAAAAAAAUAAAAAACAGAAGAAAGAGUUAGUUUCAGAUCUGUCUACUCCGACCGAUGGUUUAUUAAAUAAAGAAGACUUUAAAUCUGAAAUACUACCUUCUAAAACUGGCAACCAGGAACUCGAAAAAUUACAAGAUGCUCCAUUCUCGUCCGUUUCGUACGAUAAAGUAAAAACCAUGGACACACCAGUAUUAGCGGAAGUAAUUGGAGAAAAUAAUCGACAACAAGUCGACUUAGUCGAUAGUAGUACAAGUAAAAGUGAUGGACAAAAACCUUCAGAUGAGAUCAUCAUCACCACUCAUCAGUCUGAACUACCCUCUUCGAAUAAACGAACGGAUACUUCUGCUAAAAAAACGAAAAAGAAGAAGGUACCCGCAAACACAGAACUGGGCGUAGAAAGCAGUACAAUACAAGACUUAUUACAAAGUCAAGAUAAACAAGAUGCGGUUUCGACAAGUAUAACAAAUAUUAAAGCAGAUGAAGUAAAACGGACUAGUGUAAGCCCAAUGAGUUCUAUAACAGCUACCGAGUCUUUAGAAACACACGUGGCUACGCCUCCUACACAAAGUACUACUUCAACGAUACCUGAACAAUCUCCUGACGACAGUUCAAAAUUUGUAACAACAACGGACGACUCAGAAUGGAAAAUUCAAAACAAGGGAAAAUCAAAAUCAUCGAAGAAGAAAGAUGAAAAACGUUCUUUACCAUUAUCUAUGAAUUUGUCUUCCACUAUUGAUCCAACCCAUAACCAGUUAUCAGAAAAAGUCAGUGAUACGAGAGUUCAAGCUGACUCCGAUGAUGAAUCAACCGUUACGCCUACAAACAGAAUUCAGAUAUCUAGUCCAUCCGAUCACACAUCUGGUAUAGAUGCAACUGUCGUUACCAAAAAAAAUAAAAAGAAGAAGCAAAAAUCUAAGGAAAUAUUAUCUACAAAACUGUCUACUUCUCCAGAGUUUCAAAGUUCUACAAUAACGUCGAAUCUAUCUAAUCAAGAAAAUCAAGCAUUCCCCAAUGAUGAUAUUAAACUUAAAACAAAACCAGCUCCUAGUUCCACAUUACCUAUCAUCUCACAACCAAUGAGUUUACAAUCACAUCUUAAUCAAGAACCAACAAUAAAAACAACAACUACAAUAGCUUCUGAUAAGAAUGGCGACGAACAACAGCUCAGGGAGCACAAUAAACACCUAUUGACAGAUCAGACGACGUACAACGAUGCCCUUCUUCACACGGCAGUUGAAGACGAUAAAUCAGCUUCUAAAUUAUCGAGUGAAACUGAUACAACUGGAGAAAAUGAUAUUAGUUUAUCGUCAUAUCGAGAUGAUUUGGGACGUUUACGUAGAAAAAAGCCAAGAAAACAUACAAUUAGUUCAAGCAAGCAGGAUGAUGAGUUAUCGCAAGACUAUCAGAACUUUGUAACAUCAGCGACAAAAGAUGAUGACAAUGAUGAUGAAAGUCCUGAAAAACAGACAAUUAGUGCACAUUGGGCAGAUGCCAUUGCUGGUGGCGAAGAUCAAUCCUUCGACGAGUUACAAAUGAUGGAUGCCCAUACGAUCGAAAGAAUCGACAAUAGUGAAACAAAUAGUAAAUUCGAUUCUGUUUUACCUGAUUACAUGAAACGUCCAUUUCCGAACCGUUUCCGUAUCGAUAGUGAGCGUUUACCGUCAUAUGAUCGCGAUAUAUCAUCCCCACGUUCCUCUUCAUUAACGGCCGAAAGAAAACCAUUUGAAACUUCUUCAGAAAAAACGCUUCAUUCUAAAAAUACUAUAGCAUCUGAGCACCCGCUAAGACAUGAGUUACUUUUAAAAUCUCGACGAACUACUGAUAUAACGUCCUCACCUUUGUCAACCGGUUCGGAUACAUCAGAAAAUGAAACUAGAAAAAUUAGACAACGCCGUAACAGCAGUGAACGGAGUGAGAAAAGCGAGACUAGUGAUUUACAACUACAACCGUCUCGAAAACAAAAACAACGGCCAAAAAUGUUAAAAAAAGAUGUCGAAGCGAAAACUUUACUCACUCAUGAAUUCGACGACAAUGAAAUAGAUGAUAGGAGAAAUUUGAAAUCGUCUGAGCAAGAAACAUCAGAUAUUGUAUCGUCGAAUAUUGAAGAGGCUUCAACACCACUACUUGAGAAAAUAGCUAAUAAGCUUAAUGAACUAACAGUAAACAUUCCUGAUGUCCUGCCGACCAUCACACCACAGCCACAAGAGGAUAAGACAGCUAUCAAAGAACAACGUAUUGACCAUAUUCCGACAGAUUUGUCCGUGCAAAGUACAAAUGAACCGGUAACAGGCCCUAGUGAACACAAAUCACUUUUUGGUAAUUUAAAAAAUCAAGUGACUUCUGUAUUGUCAUCAACGGCAAGUACAAUCAGCCAUAUUUUACCAUUUACAAACAAAACGCAACUUCAAGAAACACCAUCAACAACAGAGGAUCAGCAACAAGAAGAGUCCCUAAUACUGCGCGAACAGUUAGAAGGUUCACGUUCUGAAUUGCCAAAAUUUGAUUUGAAUAGUAUAAAAAAUGCUGAAGAGCAACUUUACAAGACAAUGCCACAUGUCGACCGCACCUCUACGACUGAAAAAGUAACCUUAACUGACAGCCAAACGACAGAAUCAUCAAAAAACAAAAAGAAGAAAACACGAAAAAGAUCAAAACAAGAUAGUGGACAUGAUGAUUCUGGAAACAUUGAACAAUAUUUUGCUGGUGUAAAAGUACAAAUCGAUUUACCUACAACUGCGCUCAAUGAUAUCUCGGAUCAGUCAGAUUUUCAUAUUAUCAAAUCGAAACAUCGUCAACGUUCAACAUCAGAACUAAGUACAACAUCGUCGAACAAACAACAAGAACAAGAAGAAUCUUUUGCCGAUAAUGAAGAAGACGAAGAUUUCAGUAUCAGACCAUUAAUUAUUGGUAGCAGCACUCAUUCACAAGAUCUUGAACAUUCACAUUUACCUUUAUCGCCAGAAAUUGGGAGUGAGGUACAACAUCCUGCACACCCUAAAAAGAGACGACAACGGAAGAGAAAAAGUACAUCAGGCGAUGACGUUGAAUUUAUUGCUGUAUUACCCUCUGUUUUACAAGGAAACCAGGAUGAACAAGAAGAUUCUGUUCAGAUUGAAUUGGAUGAGAACAAUGUGAAUCAGCCAACAAAGUCGAAUAUUUUGGAAUCUAUACCAUCUGCUACGGAUGAUGCAAGCUCAAGUACAAAAGACGCAAUUAGUUCUAAUAGAGCAUCACAAGAUAACACGAAAAGUGAGGGUAAAACAAUAAAAAACGUCGUUCCUAGUUUACAAGCGUCUUCUAGUAACACUCCGUCCGUCGAUGAAGAAGUUGAAAUUCACAGAGACCAACAGUUAGGUGAAACAAGUGUACAGUCCACCGAUCUAUUAGACAGAAUGCAAGAUGCAGUUUCGACAGUAACAGACAGACUUAAUCAAACUACCAAUCAGUCACUGGCAGAUACACAACCACAGACAAAAUUAGAUGAAGACACCAAGGAUGAAGAAAAAAGUGGUUUCUUUGAACAGCUAAAACCAGUUCAUGGCUAUCAUUCCUUCACACCCAAUAAAUAUCAGUAUGAACCACUUAAUCAAACUACAACUACUAUUGAUGAUGUACAAAAAAAAGGUCUAAAGUACGAAUCCGGUGAUGCUAUUUUAGCCAGAGGUUUCGGUAAAUGGUUGCAAGAGGGCAGAUCGAUGAUAAAUGAGACAACAAAAUCCAUAACGAAAACAACAAGUGGUUUAACAUCAGCAACGCAAUCUCUAACAAUCAAACCUAAAUCGUCCAAUGAUGACGAAGAAGAAACAGACAGUGCUCUAAUCACAUCCAAAUCAUCAUCUAAAAAGGAACCAUCCUAUAUUUCGGAAGAGAAACGUAUUCAUGAAACAAGUGGUUAUGCUGUAAAUCACCCGGGUGCUUCCAAUUGGUUUAACACUGUUCAAUGGAACAAUACCACCCGACAGUCUCCACCCGAUCACGAUGACAAAAAUAAACAGCAAAAACAGGAUGAAACGCGAAACACCGAACAUAAUGGAGAAGUUCAACAGCGUCCACCAACAGUUGAUAGUCAGGCAUCAACGUUCGAAGAAAGACAAGCUCAUCUAAAUAAUUUAAGUCAAAUAAACGAUGAUACUUUAGGACUAAAAUUUCAUGGCUUAGAAAGUAGUUCGACCUCUUCACAAUCGUCUUCUUCCUCCAAAAUUUGGGAUCCAAUAAAAGGCUUAAAUUCACUCGAUACUCUACCGUCAACCAGUACAAAAACAGAAACCUCGUUUUCUCCUGAUGAUGUUCAACGUUGUCUUGGUGAAGAUUUUUAUCGAGAAGCUAUCGAAGAAAAAGUUUUUGAUUCAAAUCAAGAAUUCAACGACAUGGAGCAGCCAAACGUUAGUGAACGAUUGUCUCUAAAUAAUACAACAAAUGAUAAUAAAAAACGAACAGUGACAACAAAAGUGGUUGAAGUACGCAGAAAAGGUAAACAACGAAAACUAGAUGAUGAUAAUACAAAAUCACUCUUAAGUGGCAUUAUUUUAGAGCCAGCAUCUGCAUCGAUGAACAUAAAUAAAAAUGAGGAUGACAUCGCUGACUUCGAAAAUAUUAAUAAUAACAAUAAUAACAAUCCAAUCGAUACACGUGGUCUCAGUUUUGACGAAGGUACUCACUUUGUUGCCAAACAGGGACGCUCUGCAUCCGUGACAGAUAGUACUACUUCUUGGGAAGUAAAUCGACAAGAUACAGAUUAUUCUUAUGCUCUAAUAAUCGACGAUGAUACCUAUAUGGACAUUCCAGUACGUCAACACGAAAAUAAAGAGCAACCAUUGUUAUCAAAAUUUAUCAAUAAUGAUUCGAAUUCUAUAGACCAACAUUCAAACAGUAGUAAUCAAUAUGGUGAUUUUACUAUUAACGAUGAUAAUGAAAUAAUGCCGAUAACUCAAUUUUAUCCAUCUAUGAUCGAUAGUGUAGGAGGACGUUUCACUGGUAUUUUAUCGACAGAUGAUAGUUUUUUAUCGACUGGACUUAUUAACAAUGUCGAACCAGGCCCCAUUAACUCUUAUUCUAAUAGGCGAAAACCAUCCGACUCAUUAAAAUCAUUUAACAUUAGGAGAAAAAAUCAUCAGAAAAAAUAUAUUAUUAAUGAUCAAGAUGAUGAAAUUUAUCUUAACGAUACUAAUGGCGUCUAUAGACGUAGGCGACCGACAUUGUCAACAGUUAACCAAACAAAUUCCUAA